AUGGAGGAUCUGGCAUUCAUCAGUGCACUUUGGCCUACUAAAAGUAUGAGUGGAAAGAAAGUUGUUGGGGUAUUCGAAGUUGAUUCUUUGACAGUAAUUUCAGCACAGUUGGCAUCAUUGGCAUAUAAGGCAAACUUCCACCUAAGGAUUGACGUGAUCAACAUGUUCCAAAACACGCUACAAUUCUUCGGGAAGGCUUCGGAGAAUCCCAAUGCUCAUAUAUCAAAAUUUCUGGACAUGUGUACAACUAUCGAGUAUCCAGAGGUAUCCAACGAAGCACUCAGACUGAGGCUUUUUCCAUACACAUUGAGAGACUCGGCCAAAGAGUGGUUAGACACGUGUCCACCUCAAAGCAUCACUACAUGGAACCAAUUGAGUCAAAAAUUCCUUAACAAAUAUUUCCCUCCGAAAAGAAUUGCAAAGCUAAGGGACGACAUUACUACAUUUCAACAACUAGACUCAGAAUGCUAUUCAGAUGCUUGGGAACGAUACAAAGGUUUACUCCGCCAAUGCCCACAACAUGGAUUGCAGAACGGCUUUAGGUGCAAUACUUCUACAUUGGUCUGA